AUGGUAGAGUUGCGAAAUCGAUCGUCAUUGAAACGGGGUCGAGUUGAGGACCAGUGGCCAGGUGAGCUCUCGUCGCCUUCGGAGACCGAGGAUGAUGGUUCUUCGGUGGUUUCAGAAGCGAUAGAGGUGUCGGAAGAGGAAGAGGCGCCACAGCCUCGGCGACGGAAACAGAGGAGCAAUCCCCCCAUGAGUGUCGGGAUUUCGCCGUUGAUGGCACUGUUGGAGCGGGAAUGUUCUGAAGGGGAGCUUGGUGCUUUAUCGGAGGGUGAGACGCUGAACUUGCUAUUUGAAUUGAGUGGUUAUCCCCAUGACCUGUAUAGUGAGCAGGACUAUAAGCAAGUUCAAAAUGAAGACGAACGAAUCGCUCUUGUGGAUGGAGCCCUCGAUCGCACAGGCCAGGAGGUCGGCGCGUUGUCUCCUCUGAUGAGCGGGCUACUGUGCAUCAUGCGCACGAGUUUGCUGGAACGUAAGGCAAAGGCCUGUUAUACAAAAGUCAUGGACAUUGUGCGAGAUAGCUUACCUAACUAUGUGCCGAGGUUCAAGGAACUUACCUCUGUUGUCCAAGCUAACGGAGUUGGUGGGAACACCGUGAGCACGGGAGCGGGUGAUUCCUUAUCUGCCGAAAUCGGGGAGACUUUAAUCACCGGACCCGCGAGAUUGAUGGACCUGGUUCUUAGACUAGAUAAACCUCUGUCAGACAUGCUAUUGGUAACCAAGAAUACGAUCUUGGUUAAGGAACAUAAAAUGCUGGUUAGUAAUCUACCACUACUUGUGGCUAAACAACUUCGAGGAGACUAUGUUGGUCUAAGACAGGCGGAAACCUUUGUAAACUUCGUUAGCAGCUGGCUUGUAUUGUUCUCUACAAGCAAUAUUCGCAUUCUUAGAACCACCGGUGUCUUCAUUAUAGCCCUUGUAGUAGAUGAGCUUCUCGCUCGAGUUGUAGAGACAUUAGAAUCCAUUCCGGAAACCGCUGGAAUUCAAUCAAACGCCGAUCAACCAUAUACCAACAGUCAAACUGAGGUCCAUGUCGCCCUACUCGCUGGAGCUGAAGUGCUGCUCCAGUCUUUAAAGGAUUUUCUCCUAACAACCGUCAAGGACCGAGUUAAUGACGUAUAUCCUGUCGUCGCUGUCCUUUCACUUCUCACGAUGAAAAAGUGUGUUACUACGUUUGAUGCCAACAUGGAACUUUAUUCUACGCUCAUUCAAAUGGCUCACAUUGGACUCAGACAUCCUUCCGCACUCGUUAGACUUACGGCAUUGGAUGUCGCAAAUGAUGUCCUCAAACAUUUACUUUCUCGACGGAAAGUGUAUAUCAAACCUCACUUAGCCACGGCAAGCGUAUCUACGAAGUCUAGCUCAGCCGGGAGAAAAAGUGGACGUCAGGUAUCAUUGGCCGAAGAUUACUCAAAUGUGGUUGAUUAUGUGGGAUAUACCACCGAUGAUGUUCAGAGGUAUAUUAGCGUUAUUAUUACCUCGCUAUUAAGCCUAGGUAUCAAGCAUGCGCGUGAUUGUAGUUUAUUAGUUAGUUUUAGCGCGCUUGAAUUCUUAGAAACGUGUGUGCGCGCAUCUGGAGAAACGUGUGUGCGCGCGUCUAAAAACGAGAUAUUAUAUGAAAUGAAAGAUCCACAAGUAACAGGAAUAGCAGCAUUGCUUUUCGCUGAUAACCAUUUACCUGUAUUACCGGUAGUGGCUCAAUUAGUGGAUGGCUUAGUGUUCGCUAGCAGUAUCGUCCAUACUGCUGAACAGAAUUCUGAAGUAAUAUAUUCUACUCUGGUUCAGUUUCUAACAGAUUAUGCAGAUGACCCGGAAUGGAUCCCAUAUCAUAGCAAUGUUCUAAAGGCUUUUCUGCCCUUAUCUCCCUAUUGUCGAGAUCUUGAAAGUUUAUGGAAUUUUCUUCGAAGUGUAUAUCGGCCAACUGCUUUGGAUAUAACUGAGCAACGAGAAUGGCUAAAUGAUGUGAAGGCGUGUCGCAGUCUUUUAUUUAUCACUCAUUGCAUGUGGAAGAAUAUAUGGACAUAUGUUCUUAAUCAAAAAUAUAGUGCAGCAGCUAGUCAACAGAAUGCCAGUCGGCGGGAACGACACUGGAAGGGGCCAAUUGUCCCGUGUAUCUUUGGGAGCAUAAGCGAGGAUCUUAUGAUUGAUGAGAUGCCGGCAUUGGCUACGGUGGUAGAGAACCACAGCCGCCAUAUUGGAUUGGAUCCUAACAAUCCGAUGGAUUUGAAACUUAUAGAUUUCUUGGAGCGGUCUGUCCAAGAUUUUCCGAAUAUUCUUUCUAGGGCUCGUGCUGAUAGAGAGCAGACAAUUCUAGCCUUGAGUCUGCUUUAUGAGUUUAUAGGAGCCAUGAGAUGCUCUGAAGAGUCCAUGUCAAUUACGAGCAUUCAGUUUGAGCCCAUAGUCAGAGAGCUCGUCGGUCGAUUGGAUGCUGUGAGUGAGCCUAGCAUCAAACACUCCAUUCUUGCUUGCCUUAAAGCAAUGAAUGAACUGUCCGGUUCUAUAUUAUCUAAGUCUAGUCGCGUCUCAUCUACUGCGGCGGUCUAUGAUGGAAUUUUGGAUGAUAGAUUUGGCAAGUUGAUAAAGGAGACUCAAGGUAUCAUAAAGGAGUUAGGUAACAGUAAAAAUGCACCAGUGAAUCAGAGUCCUAUCAGCCGGAGUACGGGAGUUCAAGAUGAGUAUAAUUGGUCUCAUGCGAGUCUUAGUCUCCUGGAUACAUUGCGACAAAGUUUUGUGAAUCUGCGGGUGUUUAUGUACAACGACACCAAGGACCGAAUGAAUGAUAACUUGGACAUACUGGAUGAGAUCCUGAAUAUGUUGGAAUCUGUAAGUUCGUCUAAAACAGGGUUACCGUGGGAUCAUCAGGUCUAUGUCAAUGGACUAGACGUUGUUUGGCUGUCUCAAGCUAAGUUGCUGCAGAGGAUCACCCGACAGCAUGAGGUCAACGUUUCUCCGUACAUAGAACAGUACGACCUAUCGGUGGCUGGUACGCCUUUCUCAAGUGCACACACGAUUAGUGGAGGCCUUUCCCUAGCUACCGGCCCGAACGGAAUUAUUCAUAUCACAAACACGAAGACACAAAAGAAUACACAAUCGAACACGCAAACGAUUGCGCAACAUGACGGUGGCAAUGACCAGGUCGGGGGUAACGGGGUCUCUGGCAUGAUGGGUGGGAGUGUUAUGCCGUUUGGUGAGUUUAAUCAAUGCCGAUUGAGUGCUGAGAAAAUAUUGCGACCAUUGUUACCCAAGCUUGGUACCCUGAAGGAAGAUCUGGAGAUUUACAAGGAGCUGAGUCUACAGCUGUCUUGCUAUUUGGCUCAAUAUUCGGAGAAGUGUCGGAAAUUCGUUCUAGGAGCCCGAAACUCAGAAACGCAAACAGCUAGCUGCGUUGGUGCCUUGAUUGCGGCCUUUCAAUGUUGCCGUCUACUGGUCGCUAAUUCCCUCUUCCAAGCAGCCACUGGACUCUGGUCAAAGUUGCGAGUAUCGAUGAAUAAGUUGAGAAAUGGACGGUAUCUAUUAGGCACUCUGGCCCCCACACAUGAGUUCGGGACUGCCGCUGAAGAUGUCACAGCGCUAGCAGAAGAAAUCGAGACUCUACGAGGCACUAUCAGUCGGCUAGCUUUAGCAUGCCACGUGCCACCGAAAAGCGAAAUAACGCUGGAAAUCGCCUACUUCAUCGACAGUCUGAAACAGAUUUAUGCAAGGAAACGCCGAGAGCUGGAAGCCGCCUUCGAUGGACAACUCGCGUACGGAUUCCUGGACCAAUUCAUGGGCAGCCACAAUAACCAAGCCCUCACAGGUCCCGUCGAAGUCUGGGACGUGUACAAGAACUUGCUUACGGCCGGCCAGGUGGAAAAAUACUGCGCCUCUCUCGAACUGGAACAGAUUGCGUUCAAUGCUCAAGUUCAAAUAACCGCUGCCAUCUCUCAAAUACCCGACCGCCACCUCUGGCGAGAAAGCAGCGUCGGUCCAGUCAUAUUAUCAUACUUCCGAAGUAGGUCUGGCCUAUUACGCGUGUUGGCGGACCGUUUUAUGAAGCGAUGCAUGGAGUACGACAGCGUGGCUGCUGGGCACGUGGAGGAUAUAACCGACCGCCCGUUGUUGAUGUCGCUGAUAUUAAGUACAUUGCAGACCUUGAUCCGUCGCGCGCCAGAUAACCUGGACGACGUAAAGGCCCUCGCAGGCGAAGUGGCUGCACACAUCCCCAAGACGUACUGGAAAGGUCUGUCUGACCUGCUCUUUAUGAACUUUGUCUGGAUGGCAAUUCAGAGAGCCCACGACGACCCGAAAGGCCAGCUCUUGAGCGUUCUGGUGGACGGACUUUUCCACGGCCGGUCGCUGAAUAAGCGGUGGACCAAACAUGUGGCCGCUAACCAGCUCCACUCCCUCAAGCUGCUUGAGAGAGAGUGGCAGGACUCUAACAAGGCGGAGGUCCACCCGUUGUUCUUCACUCACCUCGCACACUUCCUCCGCGUUUGUGUGCCCAACAUGACUGAGAACAUACUGGACGACUGGCCUCCAAGAACUUGA